UAGGUUCGGAGGUUUGAGUGGAAUGAUGGGCCCUAUCGUGAUCAGCAUGGCUGCUAAGCUGUUCGCGUUGAUUGGUGGUGUUGGACUUUUAUCAGCGAAAGCCAUAGUUGUGGCUAAAUUAGCACUCUUCAUCUCCGUUAUUUUGCUAGUCCAAAGUUAUUUCUCCAACAGAGGAAGCAACGUUUUGCCUUACUACGGUGGAAAUUCAUACUACCCAUCUGUUACCUACGGUACCAAUAAUCUAGGUGGAUGGAAUCCACAGUAUCCUUACGCUAGAUCCCUUGAGGUGGAUAGAGGUACAACUGAAAGUUACGAAGGGGAACAACUUGCUUACAAAGGAUACACGUCACAAUAG